ACCCCCACCGAUCAGAUACUGAUGACCUAUACUGAGGACCCCUUUAAGGCAUCUAUGGGGAGUCGCCGUCACUGAUGCCUGACUUAUCACUUUGACUUGUUAAAUAUAAGACGUGGCUGGAGUUCCCCUUCAGUCACACUGCAAUAUGUCUUCCUGCAUUGUCUGCCGCCAGCAUACUCGUGUCACAUGAUGUUUUACGUGACGUCCUCCGCGGUCCUGACAGAAGAGACGCUCCCCCAUUGUCGCAAGCACCAGUGCGUAGUAGUAAGAGCAGCAGGUGACUGAGCAGAGCCGGGACGGCGCGGUGUAGUGUCGGCCAUACUCUCCGGAGAUGAUCAACACCAUCAUUGACUCUGUGACCUCCCUUACAGGGAAGGACAGGGCGUGUUUCGAAAAGCUGUACCAACUGGGGCCCGAACUGGGCCAUGGCGGGUUCGGUACGGUGUACAAGGCAUGGAGGCUGGCGGACCACACGCAGGUGGCCGUGAAGCACGUCAGGAAGAGCCGCGCCAUGGAAUCGGCUCAGCUGGGUAAAUUCUCUCGUGUGCCCAUGGAGGUCUAUCUGAUGAUGAAGGUGAAAGGCCACCAUGGCGUGAUCGACCUCCUGGACUGGUUCGAGACCUCCGACAGCUACCUGCUGGUGAUGGAGAUGCCGGAGCACUGCCGGGACCUGUUUGAUGUCAUCACCGAGCAAGGUCCCCUGAAAGAAGACGUGGCGCGCAGCCUCUUCCGCCAGGUGGUGGACGCCGUGGUGCACUGUCACGCCCAAGGGGUCACCCACAGAGACAUCAAAGAUGAAAACCUCCUGCUCAACACCCAGACGGGAAAGCUCAAACUCAUCGACUUCGGCUCGGGGGCUUUGCUCCAUGAUUCCACCUACAGUAACUUUGACGGCACUAGAGUAUACAGCCCCCCAGAAUGGGUUGCAUUUCGGAGGUACAAGGCGCUGCCGGCCGCGGUGUGGUCUCUGGGCAUCCUGCUGUAUGACAUGGUGUGCGGGGACAUCCCGUUCGAGCGAAACCAAGAGAUCCUCCAGGCUCAAGUCGUCUUCAAAACCAAAGUUUCUCCAGAAUGUGAACAUUUAAUCCACUGGUGCUUAUCCACUCGCCCCUCGGAGCGUCCCUCUCUGGAGCAGAUCCUUCAGCAUCCCUGGGUGAAAGAAGAGCGCACGUAAUGCCGUAAAACGUAAUCUGAGACGCAAGAGGCGACCUGCCAUACAUCAGUCUGGUCACUAGAGGGCUCUGUAUACCAGCCAAUUGCUAAAUGGCCACCGCCAGGCUUCUGGAUGGCAGGUGCUAGGUUUACGGGUGCCAUCUGCGGGUCUGGGGAGAGGAACGUCAGCUCUGAAGGACAAAGAAGUUAAUUGGAGAAAUUGUUGUGACACUGACAGGAUGUCCUGUAAUGGCCGCCCGUUGGAUGGUGCCGGGUCCACCCUGCCGUGACUCAGAGGUUGUGCAAACAGGGAAAACCAUGUUUAUUGAAGCUCCUGGUUUUACAGGACGGUUCCCCUGGGAGUCAGUAACGGGAUAUUUUGUAAAAGCAGAGCUCAUCCUAGUCGCUUACGUUGCGCCAUUUUUAUGAGGAAAAGACGCUGUUUUUUUAUUAGGUCGCCAAGAUGCUACAGAUGCACAAGAUCCACAUUGUCAGUCCAUACCUUAAAGGACCACGGUGCACAGACUGAAAAUCGGCGUAAUUACGUUUCCAUUCAUGAGAACAACUGUGAAGACGCUUGUGCUUUUACAGAAUCUUUCCGUCUGCAUUGUUAGUAUAAAUAAAAGGCUCGUUGCCAGUUCUUUACUUAAGCCAGACACAAAAUGGAGGAGUUAUCUGUAGCAACCAAUCAGAUGGGUUGUUUCACUUCCCAGCCUGGGCUGGAGACAUGUGAGGUGCAAUCUGAUUGGUUGCUAUGGCUCUCAGGUAUUAACACUAGUACUAAUAAGACUUGGAGAGGAGCUGCACAGAGCAACCAAUCAGAACAUUCCUUUCAUUUCCCAGCCCAUGACAGGGAACUGAGAGCCGGAAGCUGAUUGGUUGCUAUGGGUAACACUUCCAGUUCUUGAGGCCCUCCAUUUUGUGAUGGCUGUUUGUUAGGCCUUUUGUUGAAAGAGUAAAUACUUGUGUAUUAGAUGAAGGGUCCGCACCAUUUCCACUCCUGUAUGUCUUAUUGUAUAUAAUGUACAGAUGCUGUUAUUGUGAUUUAAUAAAUGAAGCAUUUUUCUA